CAUUCUAAUCGACGGUCACCUACAAAUGACGGUCUUCGAGGACCGUCGAAGACCGGAGACCGGAGACCGUCGAUUAGUAUCCCCCUAAUUCUAAUAAUCUAACAAAAUAUUUCGGUAAAUAGUUAGCUAGAUCAGUAAAGUUAGGUUCACAAGGUAUUUUUGAUUAUCAAAAUAUAGAGUUAUUAAUUUUGCAUACUGUAUACAUUUGGCAUUUUAGAAAAAAAGAUUUUUUGAAAAAAAGUUCAUGACCAGCUUAUUCUUACGAGCGCUAUUAUUUAACUUCCGGUUGUAAAUCAUAAUUCUAAAAAUGUUUAAUAUUUGCAAAUGUCUCCGAAAUGCAAAAGUGUCAUGUAGAAAAAAUAUAUUUAAUGAAUAUAUCAAAACAGUUUGUAUACCUUUACGAACAUAUUAUGUCGACGAGGCUCCAACAAUUGGUAAAAGUCCGGACAAAACCAACCCUGACUACAAGGAGAACUAUGAGGUGAUGACAAACUUGGUCAGUGAACUUCGUGGAAAAGUUUCGACAAUUCUCCAAG